UUGGCUCCGGCAGAAUCGCCACCGGGACUGGUACAAUGUCGUUCCCCAGAGCGGCGCUGAGACGGUUCAACGAGAGCGUGGGUUGUGCCCCUGCACCAGGCCAUUAUGAUGUUAAACAGCUGGAGACUUCCAAAGGUCCUGUAUCCUUUGACAAAGCAAACCGUUUUAAAAAGGAAAAAGAUGCAGGAAACCAGGUGUCUGUUGAAGUUGAGAAAGGACUGAUAUCACCAGCAAGCUUGAGGAAGAAUCUUGCAGCCAAGGAUGCGAACCUGGCUCUUGAACUUAAGAAGCAGAAGAUGUUGGAACAGGAGAUCCGGUGCCUACUGCAGCAGCGUGGGGAACAGGAUAAAAGGCUCCAUUCUCUGGAAGAGGAGUUGAAAAAAGUUGAAGGCAAGUUGGCUGCCGUUGUGAGAGAGAAAACAUCGCUGACAUCUAACGUUGCUUCUUUGGAGAGACAACUCUCCGAGCUCCAGAAAGCCAAUGACUUGCUCAAAACUAAGUUCUGUGAUGACAGUACCAAGAAGAAGAUCAAUGCUCUGUGCUUGGAGUUGAUCGAAGUGAAGAACAAGACUGAUGCCAAGGACAAGGAGAUCAGCUACCUUCAGAUCAGUUUGGAAAGUCAAGUGAAACUCUUGCAGGCUGAUCUGGAAGCCUCCAAAGCCACAGCGGCUGCAUUGCAGGAAAGAAACCGAUCAGUGGAAGAGAUGCACCAGGCAACAAAAUUCCACAAUGAUGACCUAGAAAAGGAAAUGGACAAAUUCCAUGCUCUGACUGAAGAAUUACGUGAAGAGAAUAAAGUCCUGCAAGAAUAUUUGGAGAAAGCCAAUGAAAAAAUUCAGGAUCUUCAAAUAGAACUGAGUUCCAAAGUGAGUGACUAUGAGAAUAAAUUACAACUGCUGUCCACUGACAUGGAAGAAAAGUGCUCGACCUUAACAGACAAACAGCAGCAGACUGAGAGGGAUCACAUGGCAGUACAGAAGCUUCUUGAACAAUCAGUAGAAGAUAUCGCAGAUCUUCAGGAGAAACUAGCUGUGACUGAGCAAGACAAACAAAAACUAGAGAAAGUCAAAGCUGAAGUUGAACUGAAACUCUCCUGCUGUUUGGAAGAACUCAGUCAGAUAAAGGUACAGUUCGAACGAGCAAAAGAACAAGUCACCUUGUCAGCAGAGCAGCUUGUUCUGAAGGAAAGGGAAGCUACAGAUCUCCAGAACCAUCUACAGGAGAGCAAGGCAGUCCACUCUGAGCAGAUUCAACAAGUGAAUGAGAAAUGUCAGCAUCUUCAACAGGAGAAAGAAAAAGUGGAGGCAGAAUGCCGUGAACUGGAGCAAUGUUUCACUGGAGAGCUGGCUCUACUGAAGGAAAAGCUGUGUACCACAGAACACGAGCUACAGCAGAAAGAAGAGCAGCUCUGUUCCACUAAACAAGAAAAGGAACUUUCAGAUUCUGAGCUUGAGCAGCUACAUGCCGUUCAUGAGGCCCUGAACCAGGAGAAGCGAGAGUUUGAGGAGUUGCUACAAGGGGCACUGUCUGAGCUGGAGCUCUUACAGGUGAAAGAGGUGCAGGUCGAGGACUUGUUUAAACAGGUGCAGCAGGAGUGCGAGCUGAAAGCAAGACAGCUCGAUAAACUGCAGGAAGAAUUGGACAGGAGAAAUGCAGAACUGGCAACAAUCAAUGAUCUGCACACUCAAACAGUGGAUGGGCUCCGUGAAGAGAACAGCAAAUCGCUCAGAAAGCUAGGAGAUGUUGAAGCACAAUUUGAAAGUUACAGAGUCUCUGUAAAUGUGGAGCUGAAAUCUCUACAGGAGAGCAAUAUCUUAUUGUCCAAUGAACUGGCGAAGUUGCAUGAUCAAACCAAGGAACAGCAGCAGCAGCUGGCAGAGUGUCAGCUGUCGAAUGACAAAGCGAAAGAAGAGUACGCUAGGAUGCUUUUGGAAGCACAGAUGAAGUUAGCUCAGAAGGAGCCAGAACUUAGAAAAUUGGAAGAAACUUAUACCCUGAAAGUAAAGGAACUGCAGAGAGAGCUGGAUCAGGCUGCGGCACUCCAAGUAGAGAAAGAGAGGGGUGAUGCUGCGGACGAACGUGCACUCACAGAACUCUCAGGUGAGGUGCAGAAGUGGCAAGUUCUUUAUGAAGAAUUACUCAACAAGGUCAAACCUUUCCAAGACCAGCUGGACGCAUAUGAAAACGAGAAGAAUGCCCUACUGAGUGAGCAUGGAGCAACCCAGGAGCAGCUAAACAAACUGAGCACGGAUUACGCAAAGCUGCUGGGUCACCAAAACCAGAAGCAGAAGAUCAAACAUGUCAUGAAAUUGAAGCAAGAGAACGUGCAGCUGAAACAGGAGGUGACAAAACUGCGAGGUCAGUUGUCCAAGGAGAAGGCUGAGCAGAAGAACCAGGAGAAUCGUUGCCAAGGUACCAAGCGCUUUGAACUGGCAAAAGGUUUCAAAGACAUAGCAAAGGAAAAUGUUGUUCCCACCACGCCACUGAGAGAAGCAAACAGAAACACAUCUUGAACACUGCACUUCAGAUGACCUGAGGUCUGAUUCCUAUGCUGAGAUCUUCAACUGGACUGAGACUCUGGUAAUAUGUUGGAGACGAAAAAUGGAUUGUGCGCACAACAGGAAAAAACUUUGUUACACACAGUUGCUAUUUUUCCAAAUGAAUUGAGCUUUGACUUUUUAAAUACAUAUUUAAACAUAAAUCCCCUUUGGAUGACUUUCAUUGGGAAUUUUCUCAUUAUUGCAGUCAUAUUUGUGAGUAGUUUGUAAAGGACUGAAAUGUGUACAUUUUUUUUGAAGGGUUUUCGGUUGCCAUUUAUGUCUGGGACAGAUAAUGGUGCUGCUUUCACAAGGACUUAAUUUGCAAGGUGUUGUUAAUGAAGAUGGUAGCUGAUUUAAAAACUGUAAAUUAUUUCAAAAGUGUCUCCCUCAACAGUUGGUUAUUUUGCUUGGAGAUACUUACAAAAUGUAUACAGUAUAUCUAAAUUACUGAGUAAUAAACUGAUUCUCAGAUUGAAAACAGCCACUUAACAGUUCUGGGAUUCUCUCAUCACAAAAGUCGAGUGACGAGCAUUGGGUUUGUUGAGACACUGUGUUCAAAGGUCACCUACCGAAACCCAGGAUCUAUGGUCAGCAGUUGGCAAAAUAUCAGUCCUUUAACAAUCCUUUUAUUGUGUUAGGGAAAACUUGGGACAAAUGGUGAGGCUUGGAGUGAGUUCUUGUUCAAUUCUGCUCAAAUGUGGGUUUUCAAGAAAAUCUGUCAGUGGAUUUUUUUUUGGUGAAUAAUUCAGCCACUUUAAUGGUGGUAACUUGGUGUUGACCCUUAGCCUAAUGUAAUCCUUUUCACUAUCAUCAACUAUACAUGUACAUGCUUGUUAGUCUAGGUUGUCAACCUGGGAUUCAUGGACCUCUCAGUUAAUAGUAGGGGUCCAUGGCAUAAAAAAGGUUGGGAACCCCUGGUUGAGGGUAUGAACUACCUGAAACUGCUUCACCCUUUCUGUUUUACAGUGACUAUGUAACAUUUUAAACAAUAUCCUGUGGUCUGAAUGGUGCAAGGUAUUAACAUGAGGGGUUACAGCCCAGUUUUAUCCUGGUUAAAGUGGACAUAUGUAUGGCAAUGUAUAAACUUCACAAGAAUAAUUAUUCAAAGUCCUGUAAUAAGGAAAUGACAGUGAAAUUUGACAGCUAUAAUUAAGGUUUAAAACAUCAAUAAAAGUGCUCUUGAGUUUUGA